AUGGGAAGACAGCAAACCCUUGGAAAGUUCCUUGAAUUGCCCAAGUCGAUCAAGCCUGCACCUCCUCAACAAUCUAACCUGCAUGAGAUGUGGAAGAAGCCAGCUAAGAAGGAGGCGUCGUUACAAGAACAGUGCUCAGCGGUUGAGAAUGCAACGCAUGAUCUGUUAAUAGGAGCUGAAGGAGAAGGUAGCAGUACGCGUCGGGAUAGUAUGCAGGACCCCGAAAGCUCAAAGCGUAAACACGUCGGGGGGACAGGUAUGUUUAACACGCGUCUUCGUUUAGGAAACCUGCUUGAAUCGACUGUGUCAACGCUAGCUAGCUCACUCAAGUUGAAAAAGAGAAGAAUUAUCGACUCUGAUGACGACCAUGAAGCAGAUACUACUACACUGCUAGUGGCGUCAUCACCAAAGUCUCCCAAAACCAGAUCCCUCCCUCUAUCCCCGUCGCCCAAAAGUAAGGGUAAAGCGAAAGCAAAACCGGAGCAGGAGAGCGUUCAUGUGGAAGAGGCAGGAGUUAGCAGUGCAGAAGAAGAUCCUGAUGAAGAACUUGAGGAAGAGGUUGAGGCGAAAGAUGCUGCCGCCGCGUCGUCUAAGAGUGCGUUGACUGCUUUAUCAAAAGUCAAAGAUGUAGAUAUAAAAGGAGGAUGGAAAGUCGGUGAACCGAUUCCGUAUGCCGCCCUUACCAAAACGUUCUCUAUGAUCGAAGCAACGACCAAACGGUUAGAGAAAACCGCAAUCUUGACAUCAUUUCUCCUUCUUGUUAUUCAACGGAGCUCUAAGAAAGACUCAACAGCUCUCCUUCAAGCGGUGUACUUAUGCAUUAAUCGCUUGAGUCCAGACUACAUCGGAAUAGAGCUUGGGAUCGGCGAGAGCUUGCUCAUCAAGGCUAUAUCCGAAUCGACUGGUCGAAGUCUCGCCAUGAUCAAGGCAGAUUUGAAGAAGGAGGGCGACUUGGGAUUGGUUGCGAUGAACUCCAAGAAUAGUCAGAAGACCUUGUUCAAACCAAAGCCACUGACAGUCGCAUUUGUUUUCUCUAAUCUACGCGAAAUUGCUUCUAGCUCUGGACAUUCUUCCCAAGCUAAAAAAGUCUCAAUUAUCACAAAACUCUUAGCUGCUUGUCAAGACUUUGAGGCUAAAUACAUAGUUCGUAGCCUGGAAGGCAAGCUUCGCAUUGGUAAUGCCGAGCGAUCUGUCCUUGUAGCGCUUGCCCAUGCCGCAGUACUUGCAGAACAUGAAAAGGCUGGUAAAAAAUGGAGCACGGAAAAGUUGGCCACAAAGCUCGAGGAAGGCGCAAAUAAUAUGAAGUCCGUGUACAGUGAAUUACCUAGCUACGACGAGGUCAUUCCAGCGUUACUUAAACAUGGCAUUAAUGGUAUUCGCGAACACUGCAAACUUACUCCCGGCGUUCCGCUGAAGCCUAUGUUGGCGAAACCAACCAAGGCUAUCGGCGAGGUUCUUGAUAGGUUUGAAGGGAAGCGGUUCACGUGUGAGUACAAAUAUGACGGGGAACGUGCUCAAGUACAUAAGCUACCUGAUGGCUCCGUUAGCGUCUUCAGCCGAAAUUCAGAAGAUAUGAGCAAGAAGUAUCCUGAUCUAGUUGAACAACUGCCAAAAUGCAUCAGAGAAUCCACGAAAUCUUUCGUGCUUGAUGCUGAAGCAGUAGCAUUCGAUCGCUCAACGAACAAAUUGAUGCCCUUCCAAGAACUCAGCAAGCGGAAGCGGAAAGACGUCAAAGUCGAAGACAUCCAAGUUCGAGUAUGUUUGUUCGCGUUUGACCUUCUGUAUCUCAAUGGGGAGCCUUUACUUCACAAAACGCUUAACGAACGUCGCAAACUGUUGCGCGAUCACUUUACUGUCGUACCCGGGGAAUUCGAUUUUGCCAAAUCUUCAGACGGAGAGACUGUCGAUGAAAUCCAAUCCUUCCUUGAAGAGAGCGUGAAAGAUGGGUGCGAAGGACUUAUGGUGAAGAUGCUGGAGAGUGAUGCAAGUUACUACGAGCCUAGUAGGCGUAGUGUUAACUGGCUGAAGCUCAAGAAAGAUUAUCUGGCUGGUGUGGGCGACUCAUUGGACCUUGUCGUCGUUGGCGGCUAUUAUGGAAAAGGGAAACGAACCAACGUCUACGGCGCGUUUCUUCUCGCUUGUUACGACGACAAUUCAGAGGAGUAUCAAACCAUUUGCAAGAUCGGUACAGGAUUCUCAGAAGAAAUGCUGCAAUCGCACUACGACGUCCUCAACCCUCUUGAACGGGAUACCAUGCGAGGUGACGUUAAGCCGGGUGGCGCGAAGCCCGACGUAUGGUUUGAACCUCAGGUCGUUUGGGAAGUGUUGACGGCGGACUUGAGUCUCAGUCCUAUCUACACGGCCGCACAAGGAUUGAUUGAUGAAAGAGGAAUCUCUCUGAGGUUCCCGCGUUUCAUUCGAAUACGCGAUGAUAAAGGUGCAGACGACGCAACCGGCCCGGAGCAGAUUUCCGAGAUGUACGAACGACAAGCACUGGCGGCAGGUAGCAGUAAAAAGAAGAAGGGUGGAGAUGAUGAUGACGGAUUCUGGUGA